AUGUCCGCCUCCGUGCCGGACGCGUCCUCCGCCGCCUCCUCGCCCAACCCCGGCGUGCCACGUCGCCCCAGCUCCUUCCCCCGCCGCCGGGCCAGCUCGGCCCAUCCGAGGCCCGCCCCGGGACACGACUGGGCCCGAGCGCCCCGCGCCCGCGCCGCCCAGCUCCCUCCGCCGCGCCGACGUCCUUCGCCGAGCUCCCCGCCGCCAUCGCUCCGGCCGCCGCCCUUCGCUGAGCUCCCCGCCGCCUCGCGCUCUAGCCUCGCCGCCGCCGCACCUCGCCUCCCCGCCUUUUCCCCGAGCCCCCGCUCCCCUCCGCCGGCUCACUCCCUCGCCGGCGUGGCUCCGCCGCCCGGCCAUGGCGGCGCCGCCUCCGCGCCCACGGGACCGAGCCGCGCCGCGCCGUCCGGCCUCCUCCCGCGGCCCCCCUGCUCCUCCUCUCCGGCCCCGACGCCGUCGAGGUCCCCGCCGCGCCGGCCCUUUCUCCGGCAAGCCCGAGCUCGAGCAUCUACCCUCGAUCCAGAUCCACAGUACGCAGAAGGUUGA